UCGAGUAGCCUCCGCACCGCCUUAGCAUCUCCGCCGGAGAUUGGUUAUAGCAAACUAAAGACUGGAGUAGUUCGUCAAGCGAUUUUCUUCAGUAUUUUUGGUAUUAACCAUCUCGGGGCGACCUAUCCACCUGUAACCCUUUUUUUUUAGAAACACAUAACUAAGCCAUAAACAAAAAUGGCAAUCACAAGCAUGGACCCUGGACCUGGCGUGGCAGCUUUGCAAGCGUGGGGCGGACAAGCGGCAGCUUUCGGCAGCAAUGAGACCGUUGUCGACAAAGUACUCCCAGAUAUGCUACACCUCAUCGACCCUCACUGGUAUCAGUUCCCACCCAUGAAUCCGUUGUGGCACGGCCUUCUCGGAUUCUUUAUGGGAUGUUUAGGCUUCGUCUCCGUUACCGGCAACGGAAUGGUCGUCUACAUCUUCACAACCACAAAGUCCCUCAAAACGCCAUCAAACAUUCUCGUAAUUAAUCUAGCAUUUUCUGACUUCCUCAUGAUGGCUUGUAUGUCUCCACCCAUGGUGAUAAACUGUUACAACGAAACGUGGGUAUUCGGACCGUUUGCAUGCCAGCUCUAUGCCUGCGCGGGUUCGCUAUUUGGAUGUGUAUCAAUCUGGACGAUGACGAUGAUCGCUUUCGACCGCUACAAUGUGAUCGUAAAGGGCAUCGCCGCAAAGCCAAUGACCAUCAACGGUGCACUGCUUCGAGUAUUCGGCAUCUGGGUCUUCUCGUUGGCUUGGACCAUUGCACCACUGUUCGGAUGGGGCAGAUAUGUACCAGAAGGCAACAUGACUGCCUGUGGCACCGACUACUUCGACAAGUCUUGGCAAAACCGCAGCUACAUCUUGCUGUACUCAAUCGCCUGCUACUACGCGCCGCUCCUUCUCAUUAUCUAUUCUUACUUCUUCAUUGUUCAGGCUGUAGCAGCUCACGAGAAGGCAAUGAGGGAGCAGGCAAAGAAAAUGAACGUAACAUCCCUCAGGUCAGGAACAGAUCAGGCAAACACGAGCGCUGAAUGUAAAUUGGCUAAGGUGGCAUUAAUGACCAUCUCGCUAUGGUUUUUGGCGUGGACACCAUACCUAGUCAUCAACUAUGCUGGCAUCUUCGAGACUAUGACGAUCAGCCCCCUUGUGACCAUCUGGGGAUCUGUCUUCGCUAAGGCUAAUGCCGUCUAUAACCCUAUUGUAUACGGUAUCAGCCACCCGAAGUACCGCGCAGCACUCUACGCUCGGUUCCCAGCUCUUGCGUGCCAGGCCGCGAGCGAGGGUGACAACACCUCUGUGGCAUCUGCCGCCACCGCCACCGAAGAAAAGCCCUCGGCGUGAACGACCCUCCACCGACAGGCGACCGACCUCCACCUGCCAACGAUUCUGCCAACGCGAUCUUUAUUAUUUUUAUACGUGAAACAUUAUUGUACAAAGUUAUAAACUUGAACACAGAGCGCGAACCGCGGAAAUAUUCAGGCCUUUGCCUAUAGCCUUGUAGAUAUCGCCCUCGCGACUCCUGCAUAUUUUCCGUUCGCGUUUUGUACUUCCAGUUGAACGUUGCACACUUUUCUUAUGUCUUUGCUUGUAAACAUUGGCCGGCGGCAUAAAAAAUACAAAAAAAAGUGAAGGGAAUCAUGUCGCUAGGCCGCUCCGGAAACCAUAAGCCUGCUCCCAUUAGUAAUAGGUAACGCAAUGGAAUCUCAAUGACGACGAAAAAGACGCUUUGUAUCUCGGACAAAUAAAGUUAACGACAGGCAAAGUGGUUCAUGACCACAUAAA